CUGGUCACUUCUCUCAGCUUUAGCUCAGUGAGCUGUCCGGAUAAACGCCCCGCCCCCAAUCACAAAGAACGAUUCUGUGAUUGGCAUGUGAGCAGGUGGUGAAUAAACCAGUGCGCCAACUUCCUGAGGAGCCCUACUGCUACCCUCUUAGUAAAGGAACAGAUCUGUCUGGAAGUUCCGUUUGACCUUUGUGUGAGCUGGAAAGACGAAGUGAAAAAUGCAGGGAACUGUAGCUGGUUACAGCCUGCGCUACUGGCUGACCCUGAUCACGGGGUUGCUGGAGUGUCUGUUAUUUGCCGGCCUGGUGUUUGGCUAUGCCUCCCUGGUGUUUGUGCUGAAGGAAGAGGAAUACUUUGGUUGGCUGUGUGUCGACACUAACAGCACAACGGAUAGUAAAGACUGUAGUGGUCAAGAUGAGCAGCUCUCGCUGGUUUUUACUGUGGCCUCCUUCCUCAACAACUUCCUGACUCUAUUAAAUGGCUACAUAUUUGAUCACUGUGGCACACUGCUGACCAGACUGCUGGCAAUAGCCCUUUGUAGUGGCGGUACAUUGAUGGUGGCCCUCUCUAGCCCAGAACUUUCAAAUCUGCUGUACCCCGCCCUGUCUCUCCUCACUGUGGGUGGAAUCCUACUGCUCAUAACUAACAUGCAGGUGGGCAACCUGUUUCCUGCUCAUCGCUCCACCAUCAUCACCUUCUACAAUGGUGCCUUUGACUCCUCCUCUGCUGUGCUUCUCGUCGUUAAGAUUCUUUACGAACAGGGAAUCUCUCUCCGCUACUCUUUCAUUUUCCUGACCACCUGCAGCAGCAUUCACUUGGCGAGAACUUUCCUGCUGAUGCCAAAAACCCACAUCCCCUACACUCUGCCUGAAAACUACACCUACGGGAUAAACUGUGGAAAGGGAAACACUGACACUGUGGAGGAGACUGAGAUGAAGGAAGGUCCGCCGACACAGGAGUCCCCUGAGACGGAGAACACGUCGCUGGCACCCGAGGGUAGGACAGAGGCUCAAAACACAGAAAAAGUGCAGUCGUUCAGCAGCUGUGUCAAGUCCAGGUUCUUCAUAUUUCACCUGGUGUGGUUGUCCACCAUGCAGCUGAGACACUACUUGUUCAUUGGCACGCUCCACUCCAUGCUCAACCGGCUGGCUGAUGGUGACUCCAACCUGGUGAGCCAGUACACCAAUGCGUUCGCAAUAACUCAGCUGUGUGCCAUCCUGUGUGCCCCCUGGAACGGACUCAUCAUGGACAGACACAAGAAGAAGCCUCUGGCUCCGGGAGAGACUGAGCAAGAGGCGGACCUGCGCUCCUCCUACCUGUCCCUGCUCCUGACUGUCCUGCAGUGCCUCCUCUUUUCUGUGUGCACCUCUAUUGAUUGUCUCCCGCUGCAGUACUUCACCUUCAUCCUGCAGGUCCUCAAUCGCUCCUUCCUUUAUGGGGGGAAUGCAGCCUUCAUUAGCAUCGCUUUUCCAGCCUGUCACUUUGGGAAGCUGUAUGGCCUGGUGAUGGCUUUGUCCGCUGGAGUCUCUUUGCUGCAGUACCCCCUCAUCUCCGUGGUCGGAGAUUAUCCGUUUUAUGUGGACAUCAGUCUUAUU